GUCCGUGGAGGGGUCCUCGCUUCCUGCCGUCAGUUUCAGGUCCUUGCCACUGUCCUGUCUCCAGCAUGCCUGGUCCGACCCCCAGUGGGACUAGCGUGGGAUCCUCUGGCCGCUCUCCCAGCAAAGCAGUGGCCGCCCGGGCGGCGGGCUCCACGGUCCGGCAGAGGAAAAAUGCCAGCUGUGGAACAAGGAGUGCAGGCCGCACGACCUCAGCAGGCACUGGGGGGAUGUGGCGAUUCUACACGGAAGAUUCACCUGGGCUCAAAGUUGGCCCUGUUCCAGUAUUGGUUAUGAGUCUUCUGUUCAUCGCUUCUGUAUUUAUGUUGCACAUUUGGGGCAAGUACACUCGUUCAUAGAUUCAGCUACAUCCAUCUGUCUGUCAUCUGAAGAAGAAGGAAAAAAACCCAACAUAUCUUGGACCAAAAGCAUAGUGAUUUUCUGUUCAUAAGAAAGAAAUUUUCUGUAAGCUUACUGUUUUACAGGGAACUUAACAAGAAUUGAUUGUAAGGAAUCAACUUUUUUCUAUGGCUAUAUAAACUUUUUAAUUCAUUUAUAC